AUGAUCACUACCAAGCAGUGUGCUCCUUCGCACUCCACCACUGGAUCAGCUCGACUUGAUCUAUUCUUCAAAACCGUGAGAGGUUUAGAAGAGAGCUUUUUGUAUCAAUUACUAGAGGCGUCAUGGAAGGAAAACGCUUUAGAUACUCUCAAACUCGUGUUUUACAUGAGAGAUUGUCGAGGAGGUAAAGGAGAACGUGAUCUCUUCCAUUUGGCUUUCAACUGGCUCAUUGAUCAUCAUCCAGAAGAUGUUCUCUGCAAUUUGCAACUCUUACCAGAAUAUGGACGAUGGGAAGACUUGCUGCGACAUAUCAACAAUGAGAAGGGAAUGAUUGGUCCUACCAUCGCCAAGAUGUUCGCUACUCAAUUACAGGAAGAUUUCAAAGCCAUGCACGACGGUAAACCAGUUACCCUCUGUGCCAAAUGGGCACCCUCUGAACAUUGCAAACACGAUAAAAAGUACUCGGCUGUAAAGUUGAUUUGCAAAGAGUUGGGAAUCAAGAAGGCCGAGUAUAGAAAGAGUUACAUUUCUCCUCUUCGUGAAUAUAUCAAAGUAGUGGAACGAAUGAUGUGUUUGAAGAAGUGGGAAGAAAUUGAAUAUAGCAAGGUUCCUGGUGUUGCCAUGAACAAACUGAAGAAGGCUUUCAUCAAGCACGAUAAGGAAAGAUUUGAGGAGUAUAUGAGCAAGUUGCGAAAGGGUGAAGUCAAAGUCAAUGCCUCUACUGUAGAGCCUCAUGAAAUUGUUGCUCAAUUCAUGCAUAGAAGUACCUCUCAAGACACUGAUACCAUUCUUGAAGAGCAAUGGAAGGAAAUUGUGAAGAGAGUUGAGAAGUUGGGUACAAUGGAUCAUGCACUCGCUGUUUGCGACGUCUCUGGCUCCAUGAGUGGACUUCCAAUGCAAGUUUGUAUCAGUAUUGGUUUGCUCGUUUCACACCUCAGCAUGCCUCCAUUUAAGGGUCGAUUGAUUACCUUCCAUGAAGAUCCUCAACUCAUCAAUAUCACCUCUACUACUCUUCACGAAAGAGUUCAAGAAAUUAUGCGCAUGCCUUGGGGUAUGAGUACCAACUUUUACAAAGUCUUUGAGAUGAUUCUCACUGAAGCAAAGAAGAACAAACUCACCCAGGAAGAGAUGCCAACCACCAUGUAUGUCAUUAGUGACAUGCAGUUUGCUAGUGCUGCCGGUUCAAGCAUGACGAACUUUGAUUACAUGAAGAAUCUGUACCAGCAAGCUGGCUAUGAAAUGCCAAGAAUUGUCUUUUGGAAUGUGAAUGGUAAUUCCAGGGAUUUUGUCUCCAAUGAUGCCUACGAGCAAGGAGUUGCAAUGAUUUCAGGCUUCUCACCAAGCAUUAUGAAGGCAGUUUUGGAAGGUGACGACUUUUCACCUUUUGGCAUCAUGAAAAAGGCCAUUGAUGAUAAGCGAUAUGAAAAGAUCAAAUUGGCCUCUUCUCAAGAGUAG